AAAAAUUAAGCAUUUUUAAAAAUCCCUCAAGAAAUCAAAUGCAGGUAUUUUGAUAUUCUUUUGUUCCACUCUUCUGCAAAACUGAGCGAGAGAGAUUCGAUGGCGAUCCAAAAGAUCCACAGGGCAAAAUCAACAAAACCCAGAUCUCCAAUACUUAUACUCUUAGCCUCCGUCGCUUGCAUUGCGGUAUUGUACCUUGCUUCGUCAGUAGUUUCCACAAUUGGAUUCUCUUUUUCCUCUCCAAGAAGCCUAAAGAACUUGGUAAAGAACCCAAAGAAUCAUCGAAUUGGGCACGAGAAAUACUUAUACUGGGGGAACAAAAUUGACUGCCCUGGAAAACACUGUGAGUCCUGCGAGGGUCUGGGCCACCAAGAGUCCAGCCUUAGGUGUGCCCUUGAAGAGGCUUUGUUUCUUCAGAGGACUUUUGUCAUGCCUUCUAGGAUGUGCAUAAAUCCAAUACACAAUAAGAAGGGGAUUCUUCAUUCAUCUGAAAAUAUGAUUUCAGAGGAAAGGUGGGCAGCUAACUCAUGCACUAUGGAUUCUUUGUAUGAUCUGGACCUAAUAUCCAACACGGUACCAGUAAUUUUGGAUAAUUCAAAGCAGUGGCAUCACGUCCUUUCAACCAGCAUGAAAUUGGGAUCCAGAGGGGCAGCACACAUACAAGGGGUCAGCCGGGAUGAUCUCAAAGAGAAGAGUUUGUACUCCAAUAUUUUGCUCAUAAAUCGAACUGCGAGCCCUCUAUCAUGGUUCAUGGAGUGCAAGGAUCGAAACAACCGUAGUUCUAUCAUGUUGCCUUAUUCAUUUCUUCCUUCAAUGGCUACAAAGAAGCUACGAGAUGCAGCAGAAAAGAUCAAGUCGCUUCUUGGUGAUUAUGAUGCUAUCCAUGUUCGUCGAGGUGAUAAAUUGAAAACUAGGAAGGACAGAUUUGGGGUUGGUCGGAGCUUACAUCCUCAUCUAGACAGGGAUACACGGCCCGAGUUCAUUCUUUGUAGAAUCAAAAAAUGGGUUCCCCCUGGACGAACUCUUUUUAUUGCCUCCAAUGAAAGGAAGCCGGGAUUUUUUUCACCUCUGGCUGUUAGGUACAAAUUAGCAUAUUCGUCGAAUUAUAGCGGUAUUCUGGAUCCAUUAGUUGAGAACAAUUAUCAACUAUUCAUGGUAGAAAGACUUAUAAUGAUGGGUUCCAAAACUUUUAUUAGGACGUUUAAAGAAGACGAUACAGGUCUCAGCCUCACUGAUGAUCCGAAAAAGAACACCAAGGCAUGGCAGAUACCCAUUUAUACCAAGGAUGGAGAGGAAUGUUGAUCUUUAUAUUCUCUUAAUACGGCCACUGCUUGUUUGCUAUAGAUAGGACUUGACAGUAUCAAUAUACCUGAUUUUGGCUUGGCUUGUUUUUCUUUUUUAUUAUUCUUAUUACCGUCCAGUGCGAUCUAAUGCCCAUCUCUCUUUGAGGGACGACUCCAUCAAAAAUGGAGAUUCUCUGGUUUUUUUUGUCCUUUUUUUUUUUUUUUUUUAUUCAUGUGCAAGUGAGAGAUGUUGGAACAAUUCGAUUUGUUGUAUGUACAUGUGGAAUUUAAUUCGGGAACUGUGUAACAGAAAAGUCCUUUUGAGUUUUCAA